AUGCCAAGGGGAAAGUUAAAACUAGAACCCAUAACUGAUAACAUUGCAAGGAACCAAAGUUUCAAGAAGAGGAAGAAAGGUAUUAUCAAGAAAGUCAACGAGCUGGCUACUCUCUGUGGUGUCAAAGCUUGUGCGGUUAUCAACAGCUGCGACAAUACGGAGCCGGAGUUUUCCCCGUCAAAGGAAGGCGCUAGAGAAGUGUGCUUGAAGUUUCUGAAUGUUCUGCCGGAGCAACGGUACAAGAAGAUGUAUGACCAAGAGAGGUAUCUGUGGGAGAGGAUCCAGAAAGGAAGAGAGAAACUGAUGAGGAUAGAUGAAGAGAAUCGAGAGAUUGAGGUUCAAGAGGUUAUGUUCGAUCUUCUCAAGGGGAAAGCGAUGUCGCCACAUCACUAUUCUGAUCCAGGUUUUAUUGAAGCACUGAAUCUUAUAAUUGAUGAUAAUGUCAAUAAGCUAACUCACAGGACCGAGUUCCUCGAGCCGAUUGGUGCUCUUAAUGUCGCUGUCACAGAUGCAUCUGGUCCUGUUGUUGGUGAUGUGGACCCUUUUGCUGUCGGAACCGAGGGUUUGGUAAGUAACCCUACUGAAUUUUAUGAUCAUAUGCGUCAAUAUGAUGGUAUGGAUAUGAGUGUGAAUGAGCAAGCUCAUGGUGGUUCUAAUGAUCAUGUUCAUCAUCAGAAUAUGAAUCUUCAAGAACCAUUUCAAUACCAAUCUCUUGGUAACUUUUAUGAUCAGACCCAGCCUAGGUUCAACGGUUCGAGCCAGGACAUGUAUACAUGUUUGAGUCUUGAUCAGGGACAGAGUUCAAAUCAGUAUCCAAAUCAACACCAAUCGUUGUUGAUGGGACAACCUCAGCAGAUGAGUGAUGUUCAAGCCAGCGUUGCUUCAAUGGACGACAACAGCUACUGCUACCAUCAAUUACCAAUCACAAGUCAGAUGCCUGUCACAACCACCACCACCGCCGCACCUGCCGCCGAUCUUUCUGAUCAUAGCAUCGAUAAUAAGUGUUAG